AUGGCAGACGAUGAGGACGACGAGGAGCUGGCGCAGAAGGAGAUCUACUCCUAUGACACCAGGCUUGCGGCCUUCUACCCGGGGCCGGACCUAUCGCUGAACCAGGGGGGGAUUGCGUAUGCGGCCGCUCUGAGCACGUUGUGCUACAACCAGGCUUACGACCUCAUCUUCAGUGUCAAGGGCUCGACGGUCUUAGCUUACGCCGGGCAAGACUUCGUCCAGGAGAAUUGGAGCAAACAGCACGGAAGUGACCUCACCACAAAUCCAAAAUGCAUCUUCCAAUUCGACAGCGUACCCUCGCGGAUAUCAGUGAACCAGGACGGCCCAGCCUUGCUGUGCGUGGCCUGCGCUGGUGGCCAAGUGUCCUUCUUUGCAGUCGAGGACGCAUCGAACGGGAAAUCACGGCAGGUCUACAGCACCGUGUUGGAGGGUGAGGAGGUCCUACAAAUAGCCUGGAAGGAGGAAGAGUGCGUCUGCGUCUGUGAUGGCGGGAGGACCUUCCACAUCGAGCCCCAAGAUGGCAAGACCAUGUGCAUCCACGACGUCGUGGACUUCCAGCCCAGCUGCGCUGCGGCUAUUCCAAGGACAGAUCUUGUCCUGCUUGGCGGCGCCUCCUCUCACGAGGACGACAACUUCUACAAUUUGCUGGUCGUCGACACAUCCUCCAUGGAAUCCUGGCAGAUUUGGCCGGAGGAUGUGCCAGAAAGUCGGCAGGACAAGGUCUUCUUCUCCUCUGCGCGUGGUCUUCAAGCGCUCUGGCCCAGAUCUGCGCAGGCCGGGGUGAACCAAGAGGUGAUGUGCCUCUAUGUCUUCGAGGAGGAGGACGAGUCUGAUCUCACGACCUACCAGGCGAUUCUGACCAUCUCGCCGGACGGACGCAAGGUGUCACUGAAGGCCUUGGCCUUUAAUGAGAUCGAGAUCGAUCCUGAAAAGGCUGGCACCGUGGAUCAACUCCUCAUGCACACCGUGUGGAUUCCAGAUUGGUCACUUCUUCUGCUCGGUUCCUCUUCGGGCGCACAAAUCAGCUUGCUCACCAGCAAUGCUUCGUGCACGAAUCACCAAGACGUGAUUUCUGGAUGGGUCGUCGUCACGCCGCCAGAGGGGAAGCAGCCGUACUGCAAGCCCAUCUACGACGAAGAGGACUCUCAUGUCUGUGACCUCCGCGGCAUGUGCGUGGUCACCAGCUUCAAAGGCCGCAUACCCAGGUCCAAAAAAUCUGCCACGGAGGGAGAUUUGGAGGACCCUCCGGUGCUCUUGCUGGCAGAUUCGGAUGGUUCCAUCACCUUGAAGUUCUGCGACAUGCCAGAGUGGCCAGCACUGCGCGCCCCUGCGAAGCCACCGUCGGCAAGAUCGAAAGGAGGCAGCGCGCCCACAUCCAAAGCGGCAUCUGCGAGUUCUCCCUUCACUGCCACUGCCAAGGCAGGUUCUCCAUCGCCCUUCCAGGCGGCGGGCAAAGCAAGUUCUCCCUUUGCAGGCGGAUUAGCAUCCUCAACUGCCAGUGGUCUCUUCGGCGGUACGCCUGCAGGGCCUUCACCCAACGCUUUGUUUGGCGGCUCCUCCGCUGCCUCACCGUUCCAGGCGACGACCACUGCGUCUUCGGGCUCCAGCAGCGGAGGUCAGACCUCUACGCUUUUCGGUGGUGGGUCCGCGGCAUCCCCAUUUGCAGCUUUUGGGAGCUCGACGGGAUCCUCCCCAUUCCAGGCAAAAGCCACAAGUGCGCCCUUCGGAGGAAGCACAGGCCAAGCUUCGGCUGGAUCGCUUUACGGCGGCGUGCCCGCGGCAUCGCCUUUCGGAGCUCCCACCGCGCCGGGCUCCUCCCCGUUCCAGGCAGCGAGCACAAGCGCGUCCUCCAGCGGCACAGGUCCCGCUUCUUCUGGGACGCUUUUCGGCGGUGCGCCCGCGGCAUCACCCUUCGCAGCUCCCAGCGCAGCGCCGGGCUCCUCCCCGUUCCAGGCAGCCGGGCAGCAAACUGCUUCGCCGCAAGAUGAUCCGUGGGCCGGCGGAGCGGACCCCUGGUCGCAGGCAGCCAGCGCAGGGACGUCCUCCAGUGCCAGCCGCAAAGGUCCGGCCUCCUCUGGGACACUUUUCGGUGGUGCGGCUGCGGCGUCUCCCUUUGCAGCACCAAGCACCGCGCCAGGCUCCUCCCCUUUUAAGGCAGCGAGCGCAGGGACGUCCUCCAGUGCCAGCAGCACAGGACCGGCCUCUGCUGGGACGCUUUUCGGCGGUGCGCCUGCCGCGUCACCUUUUGCAGCACCGAGCACUGCACCCGGCUCCUCCCCCUUUAAGGCAGCGAGCGCUGGCGCAGCCUCGAGUGGCAGCAGCACAGGUCCGGCUUCUUCUGGGACACUUUUCGGCGGUGCGCCUGCGGCAUCACCAUUCGCAGCUCCGAGCACUGCGCCCGGAUCUUCCCCGUUCCAGGCAGCGAGCGCUGGCGCGGCCUCGAGUGGCAGCAGCACAGGUCCGGCCUCUUCGGGGACGCCUUUCGGCGGUUCGGCCGCAGCGUCACCCUUCGCAGCUCCGAGCACCGCGCCGGGAUCCUCCCCGUUCCAGGCAGCGAGUACGGGCGCAUCCUCCGGUGCCAGCAGCACAGGUCCGGCCUCCUCCGGAUCGCUUUUCGGCGGUGCGUCCAGCGGCGGGCUCUUCUCUGAAGGCUUGUUCAAGGCGGCAGACUCUGCCAGCUCCGGCAUAGCUUCCGACAAAGGAGGAAGCAUGGCGCCCACUUCGUCUGUCUUCGGCAACCAGUCCUCUGGUGGGAGUCUUUUCUCCGGGAGCUCCGGAUCUGGCGCGUCCCUCUUCCAGGCCUCCGCGGGCUCUGUAUCCUCCUCCAGCUCAAGUGGCGGAGGUUUGGACAGCUCAUCUGCCAGCGCCACAUCCCUCUUUGGCAGCCCGUCUACUGCCGGCGGGCUUUUCUCUGGCCUUGCCGCUUCUUCCGGCAGCAGCGGCCUCUUUUCGGUGUCCGGGGGCUCUGUAUCCUCUUCCAGCUCAAGUGGCGGAGGUUUGGACAGCUCAUCUGCCAGCGCCACAUCCCUCUUUGGCAGCCCGUCUACUGCCGGCGGGCUUUUCUCUGGCCUUGCCGCUUCAUCCGGCAGCAGCGGCCUCUUUUCGGCGAUGUCCACUGGGUCAGGGACAAGCCACAACUUCGCAGGACCAGAGCCCGGAGGCCUCUUUGGCACCCCGAUGGCGUCAUCUUUGUUCGGCAUCGGAGCCUCAACCGGCGCGUCGGCCGUUGAGGGCUUUCAGUCUGCCGACGCCUUCGCCGGGGCAAAGGAAGGUUUUGCCUUCAAGUCCGGCGAUGCAGGUCUGGGGUACUACCCGGACACCCCGCCAAAGCCGGCCGACAAGAAGGAGAAGGAAAGAUCCCUCUUGUCCAGCCUGCCAUCUACGUCGGCGGAGCAGGGCGUCAAGGACUGGUGCCGCCAGAAGCUGGAAGAGGUCUAUGCUAAGCACAAUCCGGACAAGGUCGGCUCGAUCGAUGGUCUGCUUGGGGGGAAGUACAAAGGCAAGGAGCUGGAGAUGUACCAGAAGGUGUGUCACAAAUACGGUGUGACGCCGGAGAAAUACGUACAUGACGCGGCUGGAGGCACCGGCUCGGCUGCUGCGGAUGCGAUCACAUCUGCCGACCUGGCGAGCGUGCCCACGACGGAAGGAACUGCCUCCUCAUCAGCGACCUUGACCUCCGGCCUGUUCAGCGGCACCAGCGGCAGCGGAAGCAGCGGAGGAUCGACGGCUGCCUUCGGCGCCACAACAUCCGGACUGUUCAGCAGCAUCAACGGCAGCGGCAGCAGUGGAGGCUCCUCCUCCGCCUCGGCUGGCCUGUUCGCGAGCCCCGGCGGGGGCGGCAUCACAGGCGGCGAAGGUGUGGACAAGAAGACCCCCGAGCCUCAGGAGCCACCCAAGGUUGGUGGCAGCACGACGUCAUCCUUCCGAGGCGUGCCUUCCGAAGCUGGCAAGUCCGGCAGCUCGGAGGAUCUCAAAGCGAAGCAGGCCAGCGCCGAUAAGAUUCUGAAGGAGCUGCGAAAGGUAGGAGGCAGCAAGGUCCUGGAGCAGCUCUUGCCUCUCUUCGACAGCUUUGAGAAGGAAAUGAAGGCCAUGGAAGGCAAUGAGGUGGCGAUGCCCCGCAUUCCUGACCAAUGGGCCUCCACCAAGAAGACUUGCAAAGCCGUGGCAGAGGCCAACGCGGAGCUGGAGAAGUCUCAGAAGAAAAUGGACAAGCUGGACAGGCCGAAAAUGUUUUCGGACCUCACAGAGAUGCAGAUCGAGAUCUUGAGUCACCACACUCACUUCAUCUCAGAGCAGGUCCCUGUGGAGACGAUCGAGAUGCCUCGGCUGAAGAGCAUCCGAGACCGCUGUGCGCAGGUGGACUCAGAACUCUCGGCACUGGAAAAGGACGUGUUGGAGAAAUUCCGGAACAAGGUAGACUGGGAGAACAUCAUGCAGAUCUCCAACACGCCGGAGCUGGAGAGGGAGGCGGCUGAAGUGGAACACUUCUUGUCCAAGCCAGCAGGAGACUUCGCCAGCCCGUCUCGCUACCACUUUUCGACGAAGUGCUCCAGCCUUGAGCCGCCCACGGCCAACCGCUGGCUGCUUCCAGGGCGGCCGAAGAAUCCUCUUCGUGGGCAGAAGACAGGCAUGCCCCUGGGUGAGGCAGUCGCAGAGGGCAACCGACGGCCGGCACCGAAACAAGUCGAGCCUCAGCUCCCGCCGAAGGACAAGGAAGAUGAUCGCGGCUGGUUCCUUCAACAGCAGGCCCAGUCGGUGCAGCUCAGAUCAUUGCAGCUGAAUGAGCGCGCGAUCAGCCUUUGCGAGCGUGCGCGCACCGCCCAAGGGGGAGCCCCCAGGAGGAUUUCCCGCGAAAGCCUGGGCCGCGACUCUGCUGUUGCUAACAUGGCAGCGGCUGAGUACAAGGGCCCCGUUCAGCGCCUGCGGAAGUCUCUCUUCGCCAAGCUUUGUGCUGAGAAGGCCCAGCUGCCGCGAAAGCCCGUCAAGCGGACGGAUCAUCUCGCCUUGGACAGGGGUGCUUUCGAUCUGACUGGCGAAGUGCGCCCGUCGGAGAUCGACACCCCCACCUUCGGCAACCGCAGCUCCUUUGGUGUGGCUGUGGCAUCCUCGGGUUCAGUUGACAGCGUCGACGGGGCUGCUGCCAGUGGGGAAGACGAGCGAUUGCUGAUGCCGCCGCCGUCAAUUGUGCCAGACAAGAAGAGAGGAGGCAGCGCAGCGGCAUCGUCGGGCGGCGGUCUGGCCGCUGACAGCGCAGGCGCCGGACUCUUUGGCAUGAGUGGUCUCUUCUCAUCCACCGGAGAGGUGCCUCCCGCGGAUGGGGGUGCUGGGGGCCUUCUCGGGGGCUCUUUGGGAUCCUCACUGUUCGGCACAGGUGGCACGCCGGCCACCGGGGUCGACGGACAAUCGGCAGGCAAAGCCACUGCUGAUGCUGCUGCUGGGGCAAUCGGAGGCUCCGAUGGCGUGAAGCAGGCGUACAAGGAGCGGAUGAUCAAGAUCUACCAGCAACACAACCCCAGCAAGCUGAAUGAGAUUGACACCCUCAUGGCAAAGUACGUCGGCAACGAGCACGUGAUGUACCUGAAGAUUUGCAACAAGUACAAAGUCCAGCCAGAGCCAGAGAUCAAGCCUGCAGCAGCAGGUUCUGCGUUGGGUGCUCCCGCAGCCUCCGCCAACUCCGGCGGUGGCCUCUUCGGCAGCACAGGCCUUGGUUCUGCGUUGGGUGCUCCCGCAGCCUCCGCCAGCUCCGGCGGUGGCCUCUUCGGCAGCGCAGGUGCCUCGAGCCAAGCAGCCUCCUCCGGCGGACUCUUUGGCGCGCCGUCUGCAGCUUCCGCAACCGGCCCUGUUGAUGUGAAGCAGGCAUAUCGCGAGCGGAUGAUCAAGAUCUACCAGCAGCACAACCCGAGCAAAGUGAGUGAGAUCGAUUCCCUCAUGGGCAAGUACGUGGGCCAGGAGCACACCAUGUACCUCAAGAUUUGCAAGAAGUACAACGUGCAGCCGGAGCCAGAAAUCCCUCAGAACACAGCUGCGCCCACGCCCGGCCUUGGCAUCACGGGAGGAGGUGGCACAACCAGCUCUCUCUUCGGAGGAGGUGGCGCCAGCAGCGGUGGCUCACUGUUCGGAGGAGGGGCCAGCAGCAGCUCCUCCUUAUUCGGACAAGCCAGCAGUGGAGGUGCUCUUGGUGGAUCCUUCCUCGGCGGCCCGACUGCCGGCGCGCCCAGCGGGGGUGCUGGUCUCUUUGGUGGCCCUGCCGCGGCUGCACCUGGCCAGGUCGAUGUGAAGCAGGCCUACCGGGAACGAAUGAUCAAGAUUUACCAGCAGCACAAUCCCAGCAAGGUGGGCGAGAUCGAUGUCCUGAUGGGAAAGUAUGUCGGCCAGGAGCACACCAUGUACCUCAAGAUCUGCAAGAAGUACAACGUGCAACCCGAGCCGGAGAUCUCUCAGGGCGCUGGCGCGCUGUCUCCCGGCCUCGGCAGCACAGGAGGCGGCCUGUUUGGUGGCGGUGCUGGAGCGGCGCCUUUCGGCGGUGCGGCAAGUUCAGGGCUCUUCGGUGGCGGCGCUCCCUCGUCCUUCGGCGCGCCUCAGAGCUCGGGCGGCAUGUUUGGCGGUGGGGCUUCGGCAUCGCCCUUCGGUGGCGGUGCAAGUGCAGGAGGUCUCUUUGGCGGUGGUGCUGCAGCUUCUCCUUUCGGCGCAAGCUCAGGAGGAGGGAUGUUCGGCGGCGGUGCUUCGGCAUCUCCCUUUGGCGGUGCCGCCUCAGGAGGAGGGCUGUUCGGCGGCGGUGCUGCGGCUCCCUUUGGCGGCGGGGGCUCGGGCGGCCUGUUCUCGCAAGCUGCAGCUGGCGGUGCCAUGGACGUGAAGCAGGCAUACCGGGAGCGCAUGAUCCGGAUCUACCAGCAGCACAAUCCCAGCAAGCUGAACGAGAUUGACCAGCUGAUGAGCAAGUACAACGGCCAGGAGCAUGUCAUGUACUUGAAGAUCUGCAACAAGUACAAGGUGCAGCCAGAGCCAGAAAUCCGCCCCGGAGGAGUCGGACUCCCACAAGGAGGCGCGUUUGGCACACCGAUGGGUGUCGCACCGAUGGGUGGCGCCCCACUGGGCGGUGCGCCGAUGGGUGGUGCGCCGAUGGGCGGCGGGUUCGGAGCGACCAUGCAGAUGGGUGGCUUCGGCGCCGGUCUGGGCGGCUUCGGGGGAGCCGGAUCGUCGAUGGAGUGCUAG